CAUUCUAACCCACCAAAUAAGAAACGAAAAGGAAAUCAAAUCGUAAAAUCUUUCGUCAUCAUCUUCGCCGCUGUCUCUCAAUUGGAAAUUUUGUUCAUCAAUGGCUGUUGGGGUUUCGAUUUUAGCAGGUUACGUUUGUUUUUUUGCUCUGUUUGUUCAAUUUUCGGGUUCGAAGGCUUUGAUCUCUACCCCUGACGUUAAGCAACACCAUCCCAAAGCCAUCGCGGAUUUGAAGGAAGCUAUUGUCAAAGGAUUAGGGCUUCAAUCAGAUGAAAUUAAGAUAUCUGGUUUUGAUUCCAGAGAUGCCUUAGUUGGUCGAUCGGUAGCUUAUGAGUUUGAUGUGGAAAUCGAUGAUAAAGUUCUUCCGUUUAAACUUUUGGAGGAUGUGCAUAGAUGGGAAUAUGUGGAUUUGCCUAUUUUUCGAGUGGAGGAUCAGGCCGGAAACGAUGGUGAUGAGAAUGGUUUGGCAGAGAAGAAGGGAUCAGGAGAAAGGUUGCCUGUUUUGGCCCCAUUUCAGCUCGCUGGUCCGAUGGAGCUUUGGAUCCAGGAUGCAAAAGACAUGAGGCUUUCUUUGCCUCAUGAUGUUGAUGCUGGUGAGCUGAGGAAAGUAAUCCUAGCAGAUGGUGCAGUUGUGACAGUUAAGGGUGCCCGAUCAGUAAGCUUACGCCACCCAAUCGAGCUCCCACUUCCUUUAAACAACACCCAAAACGGGUUUGCUUCUGGUCUCCUGACCCUAGCCGAGCGCCUCCGACACGCUUCUCGUACCCAAGCCCAACUUCUCUCCCUUCGUAUCGUUGGCCCAACAUCUCUCACAUCCCCCACUCCGUCAUCACCCUCUUCCAACAACAAACUCAAACUCAAACGCCUUGCUCCUGGCUUAGUCGAGCUGUCCUCGGUUUCAAAAACAAAUUUAAGAAGCGUACUUUCCACCAUUGAUCUUCAAGGAGAAACCCCGACCCUUCUCACUCCAGACCAUUUCACAACAUUAUGGCCGCUCACAUCCAUCAACGGCUCGCACUCAAACUUGGUUGGUUUAGAGCGGCUGCUGUCUUCGGUUUUGGGUUCCAAAGCCAGCAAAGAGGGUUCGUUUAAGCUGUUGAAAGCAGAUAUAUCGGCUCACACGUUUGUGAAGAUAGGGUUCAGGGUGGAGAGGCUGACCGGAAACAUGGCGCAGGGGGAGGGUCAUGGUCGGCUGCCGGAAUGGAGAACAAAGCCGGAAACGAUGAAGAUGCAUUUUGAAGUGCUGGCUAAGGUUGAUGGAGAUAAGUUUGUGGCUGAGAGAGUUGUGCAGGUGAAUCCUCCUGUCAUGGUGGAGCAUACCAUAGCACCAAAUGUUGUUACUGGGAACACAACCAUGUCAAAGGUGCCUAUUCUUCACACUCCUUUUACUCCAUUUGCAUUAUAAAACUGUUACUCAAAAGUAUGAACACAACUGCAUCCUUUUAUUUCAUUUAUCAUAUUCAGCCUGUUAAACCCCCUUUUUAAGUAGGAACUAAUUAAUAUAUGUUACUA